AUGCAAAGAACUCCUCGGACCAAAGCGUCACAUGUUAACACGACCUCUAGUUCACAGUCGACCAAUCCCAGACGUUCAUCCAAACCCACAACAGCACGUGAUGAGCAUGCGCACUACGUCCCAAGGCAGAUAAAGACGAACGCCACAAAGCCCAAAUGUCCACUGGUGCCGCCUUAUCUAAGAGGCAAAGUAACAGUCGAUAUCACCGAGUAUGACGAGAAAACGUUAGAAAGGAAUCACCGCUUGGUGAAGAGAGGGGGUACAUAUAAACCAUCAACAUGUAGAUCUCGUCACAAAGUGGCUAUCAUCAUCCCGUACCGGAACCGGAAGCGUCAUCUUAGGAUAUUGUUAAAUAAUCUCCACCCAUUCCUCCAGAGGCAGCAGCUGGAUUACAGAAUAUUUGUCAUUGAAUUGGCACCGGAUGUUGAUUUCAACAGGGCUCUUUGCAUGAAUAUUGGGUUUCUGGAGGCAAAGAGAUACGACUAUCAAUGCUUUAUCUUCCAUGACGUAGACCUGAUCCCGGAAAAUGAUAAUAACGUAUACUCCUGUCCCGAGAAUCCCCGACACAUGUCUGUAGCCAUCGACAAAUUCGGCUACGAGUUACCAUACAUUGGUCUCUUUGGAGGUGUAACAGCAAUGACCAUGGACCAGUUUGAAAUAGUGAACGGUUACUCAAACAAGUUCUUCGGAUGGGGUGGUGAGGAUGAUGAUUUAUAUAAACGGUACAUAUAUUGA